AUGGAGCUCGCUCUUGUGAGCACGGUGAAUGGCGCACGCGCCGGCCGGCCCUCGCGAAUUGCGCUCGCACCGGGCGCGAAGCUCACCGUCGGCCGCGACGACUCACAAACCAUCUCGCUCAGCGCUGGGCACAUCUCGCGGCGACACGCCGUCAUCCACGUCUCCGAGGACGGCAGGAGCGUACGCAUCGAGGACGUCUCGCGCAAGAACGGCUGCCGAGUGCAGCACGGCGCCUCAGCCACUCUCCUCCUCUCGACGGCGGAAGCGGCGGCGAGCGCCGUGGUGGGAGAAGGCGGCGUGGUGACCUUUGGGCAGCCGGCCAGCCAGCCACGGUCGGCCGCUAACGACCUUCGCUACGUCCUCCGAGCCGUUGCCGACCCCGCCGCCUCCACCGCCUCCGCCUCUGCCGCCGCCUCUUCCGUCGAGGCGGGCGAGGAGGAGGCUUCGCUGGGCGAGGAGGACGAGAUGGAGGUGGAGCCGCCAGGCGAUCGCGCGGGCCACGACAGCUUCAUCUUCGAGGACAGCCAGCCGCCGCCUCCUCCUCCACCAGAGCCGCCCUCCGCCCCGGCUGCGCAGGCGGGAGCAGUGGAGCCGCACCCAGCAGCCGGGGUUUCAGCCGUACCUUGCCGGCAGAGAAGCGUACGAAGAGGCGUCGCCGCAGCCGCCGGGAGGAGAGCUCUACCAGCCAGCGGCGGAGGAGUGCUCUACCGGCCUGCGGCGGAGGCGGAGCUGUGCUCGCCGCGCGUGCUUCUGCUCUCGAGGCACAUCGCCGCCGCAGUCCGAGGGGACGAGGAGCUGGCGCGGCUGUACGGCUCGGCGCUGGAUGCUGGGGCGGCGGCCGCUCCGCCGCCUGCGCCGCAGCCCGCGCCUGACGCCGCGGCAUUCGCGGCGGCGUUGCCCGCCCUCCCGCCGGCUGGUGGCAGCGACGACGAGGAGGGCGGGGAGGCAGACGUGCGCAGGCGCCUAUUGCGGGUGGUUGCCAGCCUCAAGCCGUCUGGCACUCUCGCGCACGCGGCGUCGGUGGACUUUGUGCCGCCGCUGCUGCGGGCGGAGGGCAUGGCGGAGCCGGUCGCUUUCCCGCUGCCAGAGGCGCACGCGCAGGCGCUCCGGUCGCUGGGCGAGCCAGCUUCGGACGGCUGCGGCGUCUGGGUCAGGGCUGAGAGGCUGGAGCUGGGGGCGAUCAAAGAGUGGGAGGAGUCUCUCCGGCCGGCUGUGCGCAAGGCGCUGAGGGCGCUCGGUGUCGACAAGACGACGGAGGUCAGCUCUGUCCUGCGAGGGUUGCGGCUCUGCUCGGCUGGUAGCGCACCGCCGUCGUCUUCGGCCGCGACAGACUUGCGUGAGGGCAUUUUUGCGCAGCUGGAGGUCGCGUUGCCGUCGUCUUCGGCGUCAGAGCGGCUCGCGCGCUUGGCCACCGUUUGGGAGGCGUCGCGGCGAGGCGGCAGCAGCGAAGGCAGCAGCACCGCGCAGCCAAGCAGCGGCAGCGGCGUCGCGCCUCCCUCCAAGCUCGUUUACUUUCUCCCCCGCGACGCCGCCGGCGCCGCGGCGACGAGUCUGGCUUCGCUGAAGGGUGACGGGGCCGCGCUCUCCGCUGCUCUGCACGAGGCGGGUUUUGACGUGCUGCUGGCGACUCUGACGCGCGCCGUGACUCGGCUGAACAGCCAUGGGCCGCCCUUCAAGAUCGACCUGAGCGUCGUUUGGCACGAGGUUCCGCACCGCCUCGCCGCGGCUGGUGUGACUCCGCAGCAUUGCGCUUUGCUCUCGCUCGACGGCACGGAGUAUGCUCAGGCGCUCGUCUAG